CUUCAACAACGCAUGAGCACCGCACCAAGCCUCGUAGCAGAAAACGUCCAACAGGAGCAGACGAGCGGUCCCAAGGAUGAAGAAAUGUCGCAUAAGUGCCAUAUGCCCUCGGAAGAGCUCUUCGAAGCUGCGCCUGUCUCGCCACUGCCAUCAUCGAGAGACGACCAGGAGGCGGCUGCAGCGAGCGGCCCGGCUUUCCCUGAGGCCGUUGCGUGGAGCAAAAGGCAGCCGGGCACCUUGCGGUACAUCGUCGCGAAAGGGACACUCGACCCGACGGGACUGACCGGCACUCUCUGGGCUGCACUGGCACGAGCCCUUUGCAAGAGCGUCAUCGAAGGCGAGGAGAACGCUUUAGCGGUGGCCACGCCCUGUGUCUUCUUUAGCGAGAGGGACAAGAGCGGGGUAUUCUCACGUGCUCUACUCAACAGCGUCCACAAAUGGUUCAAUCGACGCGGAGAGCUGCUGGAGGCAUCCAGUGGUUACCCGCGUCGUUGGACGACAUACGUGUCCCUGGUGACCAUGCUCUUCCUGGAACUGAGGCGUAAAAGCGGCGGCGCCUACGACGUCAUGUUCCUGGCGACGUUGCUCUGCAACUGUUGCCUCGUCAUUCUAUGUCAUCCAUUGCUAGGCAACGACAACGAGAUGGAGUGCCUGCGAUGGGUGCUAACUGCAGCCGGCUCAGCUAUGCAAGCCACCGUCCCUUGGCUUAUGACGAUGCUGACCGGGCGCAUGCGCAGCGCCUUCAUGCAGUCCGGUGUCUCGGCUAAGGCGCGCUACACGCUGCUCGAACUGAUCGAGCUGCGCGCCUCCGGAUGGCAGCUGAACGCAGCGCAGGUUCAGUACUACAGGCCGCAGGCGAAACCGGGCCCGCCUGGAACCCGAAGCUAA